AUGCAAUUAAUCCCCUUGCGUUAUAUUCGCACGAACUUCCGUCAGAGGAUGGUAUCGAAAGACGACGAGUAUGAUUUCCUCUUUAAAAUUGUAUUGAUAGGUGACUCCGGUGUGGGAAAGAGCAAUUUGCUCUCGCGUUUUACACGUAAUGAAUUUAACUUGGAGAGUAAAACGACAAUCGGUGUGGAGUUCGCUACCAGGAGCAUUAAUGUGGAUGGAAAGAUAAUUAAAGCCCAAAUAUGGGAUACUGCUGGUCAGGAGCGUUACCGUGCAAUUACCUCGGCAUACUAUCGGGGUGCCGUGGGUGCUCUCUUAGUCUACGACAUUUCCCGAUAUCAGACCUAUGAGAAUGUGGAGGCCUGGCUGAGAGAAUUGCGUGACCAUGCAGAUAGCAAUAUCGUAACUAUGCUUGUAGGCAAUAAAUGUGAUCUCCGUCACCUGCGCACGGUACCUACAAACGAGGCCAAAGCGUUCGCUGAGAGCCACAAUCUCAAUUUCAUCGAGACCUCUGCCUUGGACUCAACUAACGUUGAAGAUACGUAUACUACUCUCCUUGGACGUAAGUUCUGGUCUCUUGCUACAAAAAAUAUAUUUACCCCCUAA